CUGGAGAAUUUGAUGCUGGACAAAGACGGACACAUUAAAAUAACUGAUUUUGGCCUUUGUAAAGAGGGCAUUACUCCAGAUGCAACAAUGAAAACCUUUUGUGGAACACCUGAAUAUCUGGCUCCUGAGGUCCUAGAAGAUAAUGACUACGGCCGCGCAGUGGACUGGUGGGGUCUCGGUGUAGUUAUGUAUGAAAUGAUGUGUGGCCGAUUGCCUUUCUAUAACCAAGACCACGAGCGCUUAUUUGAGCUCAUCCUAAUGGAGGAGAUCCGCUUUCCUCGGAACCUCUCACCUGAGGCCAAGUCCCUGCUGGCUGGCCUGCUCAAGAAGGAUCCCAAGCACAGGUUAGGAGGAGGUCCCAGUGAUGCCAAAGAAGUAAUGACUCACAAAUUUUUUAUCACCAUCAACUGGCAUGAUGUGGAACAGAGAAAGCUGACCCCCCUCUUCAAACCGCAAGUAACAUCAGAGACAGAUACCAGGUACUUUGAUGAGGAGUUCACAGCACAAACAAUCACACUCACUCCCCCAAACAAGUAUAACAGUCUGGACUGUGAGGACCCCAGCCAAGAAGCUCAUUUCCCCCAAUUCUCCUAUUCUGCUAGCAUAAGAGAGUGAUAGCAUCUCUGCCACACACACACACACGUGUAUAAACACCUUGGUUACAAUCAUACAGCCAUAAAAAUAAGUAGAGCUUUCAUUUUUAAAGAGGUGUUACUCUUAGCACGAUUUCAGUGCCUUGCCUGGGAGCCUUAUUGUUAAAAUCUGUCUUUGUCCACAGAAAGGAAAAAGCCUAUCCACAGUGGCUAUACUGUAACAUAAGAACUUCACAUAGCCAUCAGUGCAGUUUAACAACAUAAUCAAGACCAUCAGACCUACAAAGAUGGUGCUGCUGUUUGUACCAUUCUUUUUUUCUUUUUUUUUAUAUUCUAUGAAUAAGCCAUGCAACUCCCCAUGACACUUGUAAGUCCUCUAAUUCAAUCCUGGCUGUGACCUUUGGUGAAAUAUAUGAAGAAGGGAGGAGAGCAGCAGUUAAUCUUACUAUUACACCAAAAAAUCCUGCAUGUCUGUUUUUUGAACAUUUUUUUCUUCUGUAUUAUUAGCUCAUUGAGUAUUAAGGAAUAAAUUAUAAUAUUAUACAAAUGG